AUGACAACGACGAUGUCAAACUACGAUUACCCAUUCGACAAUGUUGUUGAUGCCCUGAGAUAUGCGGCCAAUCAAACAACAGAGGGUAUCUCGGCAUAUCCAGCAAACGAUACCAGUAACCCACACGCGGCUCUGAAACUCUCUUACGCAGAGUUACUGAACCUAGCUGAAGUUAAUGCUAGUAAAUGCAAGCAGAAAGGCUUUUGCAAACCUGGCUCUGUUGUUCUUGUCCACUUCGACAAUGCUCUUGAUAGCAUCAUAUGGUACUGGUCCGUCCUACUGUCUGGGGCUAUCCCUUCCGUGACCGGGCCGGGCAUGUUCAGCCAGAGUGCCUUAGACCGCAAGAAGCACCUCAGCCAUCUCCAAAGCACCUUCAAUCGACCUCUAUGUCUCACGCGCCGUUCCCUCAUGAACCCCUUUUUAGAAGACGCCAGCGAGGAACGUAUCGACAUAUGCACCGUUGAAGAAUUAGACAGCGUGGUCCUCACCAACUCAACGCCCAUGACACCGUCUCCUGAGCCAUCUCCAUCCAGUAUCGCCGCCGUCAUGCUCACAUCAGGAAGCAGCGGUAACGCGAAAGCAGUCCCCUUAACACAUCGACAACUUCUCGCCGCCUUCAAGGGCAAAAGGGAUUCGGCAAACUUACAGCACCCAGAGAGCCCAUUCCUGUCGUGGACUCACAUGGACCAUGUAGCUAACCUGGUCCACUGUCACCUCUUCGCUAUCGUAUCUUGCGUUUCGCAAAUCCAGGUUGCGGCCGCUGAUAUCCUUCUCAACCCUGUGCAACUACUGAACCUAGCCAGCCGUCACCACGUAUCACGCAUUUUCGCGCCAAAUUUCUUGCUUGCCAAGAUACUCAGACUUUUCAAAUCGGGAACGGCAUCCGCACUAGACUCGGAUCUGAACCUAGAGGCGUUGUACAUAGAUACGGGAGGCGAGGCGAACGUCACCGAGGUCUGCGUUGGACUACAAUCAGUACUGAGCCGAUACGGCGCUCCUCCUGACGUUUUCAAACCGUCCUUCGGCAUGACAGAGACUUGUGCAGGAUGCAUCGUCAACGAUAAGUGUCCUAGCUACGAUAGCUCCCAACGUCUGGGUUUUACCUCGCUGGGUGAACCCAUGCCUGGUGUGCAAAUGCGUAUUGCUCGGCUAGACAACCCGGGAACUGAAGUCGCAAGAGGUGAGCGCGGCAGUCUGGAGAUCACCGGCGACGCGAUCUUCAAGGGAUACUACAAUAACCCCACAGCCACAGCCGAAGCCUUCACCAGCGAUGGAUGGUUUAGAACUGGAGACAACGCCUACAUGGACGAAAAGGGUCAGCUUCACCUAGACGGUCGGACUAAAGAGAUGAUCAAUAUCAAUGGCGUUAAGUAUCUGCCGCACGAGCUCGACUCGGCACUAGAGCAGGCAGAGAUCCCGGGCACCACGCCAAGUUACUUCUGCUGUUUCGCCAUGCGCGACACCUCAAAAGCAGAUACGGAAGUCGUCGUGGUACUCUACCUUCCCUCAUACAAGGAUGACGAUGAUGAGGCCCGCUACGAGGCUCAAAGCAGUAUCAUUCGCACCUGCAGCAUGCACACCCACUCUCGACCCCUAGUCGUGCCGCUGCGAGUCCAAGACAUGCCCAAGUCCACACUAGGCAAGCUAUCGCGAACCAAGCUGAAGGCCGCCCUAGAAGAAGGCGUCUUCGCAGACCAAAAGGCCACCAACGACGAAGCAAUCGCAAGAUACCGCCAGAAAGUCCGGGGCCAACCCGAAACCAUCGAGGAAGCCGCAAUCCUAUACAUCAUAAGCCAACAGCUCGAAAUGGGAUUCGAAGACGACUUCUCCGUCAACGACUCCAUCUUCUCGACCGGCGCAACAUCCAUGGACCUCGUCGCCAUAAUGCAGCGUCUAAACGGCUUCCUCCGAUCCUCGGGCCACGAAAAACUCAUCCGGCUCACGGAUAUCCUAAAGAAUCCUACCGCAAGGGGUAUCGCGUCCCGCGUCGCCGUCUCCACCGGCAGAAAGAAGCACGAGUACGACCCCGUCGUUACCCUUCAACCCCAUGGUACCAAAACCCCGCUCUGGCUCGUGCACCCUGGUGUUGGCGAGGUCCUCGUCUUCGUCAAUCUAGCCCACCACAUCACCGACCGCCCCAUCCACGCCUUCCGCGCGCGCGGGUUCAACGCGUCGGAAGGGGAGACACCAUUCAAUUCACUCACCGAGGUCUUCGAAACCUAUCGCUCGGCGAUCAAAAAGCGACAGCCUACGGGACCGUACGCGAUAGCGGGGUACUCGUUCGGAGGCAUGGUAGCGUUCGAAGUGACGAAGCUGUUGGAGGCCGGGGGCGACGAGGUGCGGCUAUGCGGGAGCUGGAAUUUACCCCCGCAUAUCAAGUUCCGCAUGCGUGAGCUGUUGUGGGACGAGUGCGUGAUCCACCUGUUCUACUUUGUCGGUCUGAUGGAUGAGGCUGCGGCGUAUACCCAUAAGCCGGCGCUGUGCGCGUUCGAGCGCGAGGGCCGUCGUCUCGACGCUAUUCGCUACCUUAAGAUGUACAGCGACCCUGUUCGCUGGGACGAGCUUGGUCUUGAUGAGGAGUACUAUCUCCUCUGGGUUGGGCUCGCGUCUAAUAUGCAGGGUCUGGCUGUCGAUUAUGAGCCCGAGGGGAGUGUUGCGAAUAUGGACGUUUUCGUUGCCGACCCACUUAGCCAUGUGGCGAAGAACAGGGAGGAUUGGGUUAAGAAUCGGUUGGCGGCUUGGGAGAGCUUUGUGAGGACCGAUGUUCGCUUUCAUCAUGUCGAGGGCGCGCAUUAUACGAUGCUGAAUCCGGAGUAUGUGGUUAAUUUCGCUAAGACGCUUCGUAAAGUGCUGAGGGAGAGAGGAUUGUGA